UGUGCGCUCCCAGCAACGCUCGCUGCAGCAGCCGGUACCGGCACCAACGAGCAGUGCCGGCCCGACCGCCGCCUCAGCCCCCAGCGGCACGGCGCCGCUUCCCGCCGCCCUGAGGCGGAGGGGCCGCGGAAGGCGGGGCGGCCGGACUCGUUUCGCCGCCGAGCGGAGCCGACCGCGGCCGCCCCAGCACCGCCUCCUCCCCUCCCCGCUCUCCUCCCGCCUCGAGGGGGCGGAGGGUCCGGGGUGCAGCGCUGUGCGUGUGCCCGCAGCUCCCGUGGCCGUGCUUCCGCGCUCCGCUCCCGCCGCCCUCACUCGCAGUGCCGCGCUCUCCGCUCCCUCUGUUCCUCCGCUGCCCCUUCCCAGCCAGCCGGGGCUGCGCCUGCCAGUCUUCUUCCCCCGCAUUCUGGAGGCUCCCAAUAUGUUCAGCGCCGUCCGCGCUCAGAGGCACCAGGUUAUGAUGCAUGAUUAUCACAGAAGAAAUUCAUGUCUAUAGCUCAGAAGGACUAUAUUACAUCAUCUUCAAGCCUGAUAGUUUUGGAAUCCAUAUUGCAGCUGCAAACACACGUCUGCUUUUGCAUUUCCAAAAACAUCUUCCCUGUCAGGAGAUCCUGAAACUCAAGUGCUCUAACACAGUGAUACCAUUGGGCUAUUUUAAAUUUACAGUCAUAUAUUUGCUUGCCAGACCAACACCAAAAUGAUUCCCAACGGAUAUUUGAUGUUUGAGGAUGAGAACUUCAUCGAGUCAUCUGUUGCCAAACUCAAUGCCUUACGAAAGAGCGGCCAGUUCUGCGACGUCCGCCUCCAGGUAUGUGGACAUGAGAUGCUGGCGCACCGAGCCGUGCUGGCGUGCUGCAGCCCCUACCUGUUUGAAAUCUUCAACACUGACAGCGACUGUCAUGGGGUUUCCCAUGUGAAAUUUGAUGAUCUCAACCCAGAAGCUGUUGAAGUUCUGCUGAAUUAUGCCUAUACUGCUCAGUUAAAAGCUGAUAAAGAGCUGGUGAAAGAUGUAUACUCUGCAGCAAAGAAGUUGAAGAUGGAGAGGGUUAAGCAGGUUUGUGGUGACUAUUUGCUCUCCAAGAUGGACGUGCAGAGCUGCAUCUCGUACCGGAACUUUGCCAGCAGCAUGGGAGACUCUCGGUUGUUGAACAAGAUCGAUGGCUACAUUCAGGAACACCUUGUAGAGAUUUCAGAACAGGAGGAAUUUCUCAAGCUCCCACGCUUAAAGCUUGAAAUAAUGCUGGAAGAAAAUGUUGGCCUACCCAGCAAUGGCAAAUUGUACACAAAGGUAAUCAACUGGGUACAGCGCAGCAUCUGGGAGAAUGGAGGCAGCCUGGAAGAUCUAAUGGAAGAGGUGCAAACGCUGUACUACUCAGCUGAUCACAAGCUGCUUGAUGGAAAUCUGCUAGAUGGACAGGCUGAGGUGUAUGGCAGUGAUGAUGACCACAUUCAGUUUGUGCAGAAGAGACCACCACGUGAGAAUGAUCACAAGCAGAUCAGUAGCAGCUCCUCUGGAAGUCUUUCUCCAAAUGCUACUGUUCAGAGUCCUAAACACGAGUGGAAAAUCAUUGCUUCAGAGAAGACUUCGAGUAACACGUACCUGUGCCUGGCCGUGCUGGACGGGGUGCUGUGCGUCAUCUUCCUGCACGGCCGCAACAGCCCGCAGAGCUCCCCCUCGAGCACCCCGCGGCUGCUGAAGAGCCUGAGCUUCGAGCUGCAGCCCAGCGACCUCAUCGAGAAGCCCAUGUCCCCCAUGCAGUACGCGCGCUCGGGGCUGGGCACGGCCGAGCUGCACGGCAAGCUGAUCGCCGCGGGGGGCUACAACAGGGAGGAGUGCCUGCGCACCGUGGAGUGCUACGACCCCGAGAAGGACACCUGGACGUUCAUCGCACCCAUGAGGACGCCGAGGGCCCGGUUCCAGAUGGCAGUGCUGAUGGGGCAGCUGUAUGUCGUGGGUGGGUCAAACGGCCACUCGGAUGACUUGAGCUGUGGGGAGAUGUACGAGCCUGAGAUCGAUGACUGGACCCCUGUUCCGGAGCUGAGGACCAACCGCUGCAACGCAGGAGUGUGUGCCCUGAAUGGAAAGCUGUACAUUGUGGGUGGUUCUGAUCCCUAUGGCCAGAAAGGACUGAAGAACUGUGAUGUGUUUGAUCCUGUGACAAAGGCUUGGACGAGCUGUGCUCCCCUUAACAUCCGGAGGCACCAGUCGGCUGUGUGUGAGCUGGGGGGGUACCUGUACAUCAUCGGCGGGGCCGAGUCGUGGAACUGCCUCAACAGCGUGGAGCGCUACAACCCCGAGAACAACACGUGGACCCUGAUGGCGCCCAUGAACGUGGCGCGGCGCGGCGCCGGCGCGGCCGUCCGUGACGGAAAGCUGUUUGUGGCUGGAGGGUUUGACGGCACGCACGCGGUGAACUGCGUGGAGAUGUACGACCCUGCCAGGAACGAGUGGAAGAUGAUGGGCAGCAUGACCACGCCCAGGAGCAACGCUGGCAUCACCACCGUGGCCAACACCAUUUAUGCAGUGGGGGGCUUUGAUGGCAACGAGUUCUUGAACACACUUGAGGUCUACAAUCCAGAGUCAAACGAGUGGAGCCCCUACACCAAAAUUUACAAGUUUUAAGUGAAUUAAAUUCCCUUUUCAAACUAACAGGCUUAGUGAUGUAAUUGUGUUUCAGUAGAGGUACACCUGUGAAUAGGGGUGGGGAGGGCAUAGAUGUUGCCAACAGCAACACAGAGCUUUUGCAUAUUGCAUAUUAAUGUGCUGUAUAUAUUUGUUUUGGAAAAAAUAUUCAGAUGAAGGUUUUUUUUGUGUAUUUUAGAACUUUAAAGGUUUUGGUUUUGUUUUAAGAUUUUGAUGAUAACGCAAGAGAAACUAGACUGGGCAUAUCAUUUCAGGAGCUUCCCCCAGUGUUUGUCACUUUGCACAUUGGAUGACUUCCUGGAGGUGUGUUCUUGGGGCAGGAAGGGUAAGGUUUGUGGGGGAUAAUGUUUUUUUUUCUUUCAUCAGGCCUUGGUUUCCUUCAGUAACUGGAACAAUCUGUAACAAGAAGCCUUAUUUAAAUAGAUAUAAUGGCUAUUUUUUUUAUUAAAAAAGCUGACAUGCCUCUGCUAAUACCUUAUCUUUUACAAUUGCCUUUUUAUAACAGUUUUUAUAUACUCAGCAGAGUGUUUUGUCUCUUGAAAUGCAAAUGGCAGAUAAAUGGUUAUUGAAACAAAGAGAGAGCCUUGGAGUUUCUCUAGAGCCCCAGUGGGACAUUGGAUUGCCCCCACAGGUGAGCUGCAAUAAUGUGAGUUAGUCUGCACCACUUUCCUUAGAGCUGCACAGGGUUUCUGGACAUGACACACCCAGACUUCCUAGGGUGGGAAAAGGAUUCUGGCUCCAAGUAUUUUGAAGAGAAGGCAGAGUGUGCUUUCUGUACAGCAGUUUUGUUACUCUGGGUGAGCUGAUCUUUGUACAACAGUUUGGGGAGGGGGUUCUCAUGGGUUUUAAACUCUUGCCAGCUGGCAAAGAAAAUGUGUUGUAGUACCUGUCUUAAGUUUAUUUUUCUAAUAUUACCAGCUGGAAGUGUGAUAGAACACAAAUAACUUGAUUUUGUAUGUGCUCAUAGUCCUGAUUUAGUUCACUUUCUCUAUUCCUAUGGAUCAGACAUUGGGGUGGGAUAACUUGGUGUCUAAUGUGUAGUGCUGCACAUCUAACUCUGGGUGCCAAAACUAGCACUGACUGCUUGCUGCUGCUGCAAACACAUUAAAGGUACCUUUUGGGAAACCCUUGCACCACAGGCGUGCCCUGA